AUGGCUCCUGCUAAGAAAGGUGGAGAGAAAAAGGGCCAUUCUGCCAUCAACGUGGUGGUUGCCAGGGAAUAUACAAUAAAUGUGCACAAGCAUAUCCAUAGUGUGGGUUUUAAGAGACACGCUCCUCAUGCCAUUAAGGAGAUGCAUAAAUUUGCCAUGAAGGAGAUAGGUACUCCAGAUGUCUGCAUUGCUACUCGUCUGAACAAGGCUGUUUGGGCUAAAGGUGUAAGGAAUGUUCCAUAUCGUAUUAGUGUGUGUUUAUCCAGAAAACGCAAUAAGGAUGAGGACUCUCCUAACAAACUCUACACAUUGGUAACUUAUGUUCCUGUCACAUCCUACAAAGGUCUGCAGACAGUUAACGUUGAUGAAAACUAA